AUGGAGGCGAUAGCAGUAGGUGAUCACCGCUGCAUUCUGCCUAUACCCCUCUCCCAGAAGCAAUGGCAGUGGACAUGCAAUCUCUCAGCAUCGGAACGUAUCUCCGCGCCAAUGGUUCAUCCCACGGAGCAGAAGCGGAAGCGCGAUUUGUUCCUUUCGGGUGGGAAGCAUGGCACUGUGACCCAGACGGUGCUUGUGAAGAAGAUGACGAAUGGCUCGGCGGCUACACAGGCCAGUGGAUGGGCCUUCUGA